AAGAAGCAUCACUCUUCAUCUGUUUAGAUUCAUCUUCAUGUGUUCAACUUACAGUUAAAUUCAAACAACCAACAAUGUUGAUACCUCAGCAAAUAAGCAUCAUAACUGUUCUGUUUUUAGCCCAUUGUACUUUGAUAGUUCGGUCUGUUUCGUUAACACGAUCUGUAUCAUCAGAAUCAAGUUCAUCAAAUGUUAAUAAAACAGAUAAAUUUGUUACUUUGGUUGAUUCAAAGGCCAAAAAUACCGAUUCAUCUCAACUCAGUGAAGCCCGAUCGUUACGUUCAUUUUCAUCAAAACGUGAAGUUCGCAAUGCCAUAGAGCAGUGGAAGUUUGGACUUUCGAUGUUGUUUUAUGGUCCGUGGAUAUUAUUGCGUUUAUUGCCCCCAGUACAGAUCAUUGAAGAGGUUCUUAAGUAUAAUCGACCGGAGCUAGAUGCGAUCGACUACUUUAAUUCACGUUUGAGGAUGUAUUUGGAAAACAGAAAUAAAAAUUGUGUGAUCUGUAGAUAAUAACACGAUCGAAAUGAAAUUUACUCAAUGAGACUAUUUUUCUUCUGAUGCCAAUCAAAAUCAAUCAAUUUUCUCAGUGCUAUUGUGCAGUCGAAAUACAAGACUGACCACUAUUGAAAUGUAAUAAU